UACCGAUUUUGGAGUUAGCAUCGUGAACGCAAGGCUGGAACGAGAACGCACAUGGUUUCGCAUAACCUCUUUUGUGUAUAUUUUUUGGUAGAGUCAAUUUUAAUGGAUAGAGGCGUCUAAAGAGAGAGAAAGAGAGAGAAUUGUAAAUUUAAUUUGGAGUGUAAAUUUGAUUAUGAAAAAUGGCACGAAAAAGAGGUUUGAAAAGGAAACACGCCAAUUCAAAAGUGGAAGAAGAUAAAGGCAAAACUGAAGAAGCCCAUGUGGAACAUCAUACUGAGGACUCCGACACGGAAGAUUUGUUGGCGACCGAAAUAAACGAUUAUGAAGAUUCUACGGAUGAAACGACGGAAGAAGCAGAUAUACCUGAUUCGGACACAGAACAGGAUCUCGUUUUUCCAUCAUCGGGCGAUGAAGACAGUGAGCUUGAAUUUGAAUCAGACAAAUCUAUGGAUGGUGAAGAUUCAGAGAGUGCCGAAUCAGAGAGCGAUUCUCACGAAGAAACAAGGAAGAGCUCACAGAUCAAGCGGAGAGACGAUAAGAAGAAAUUGAGCGAUGAUUCCAAGAGGAAUAAGAAACAGUCGGUUAAAAAGUCAACGUCUAAAAACAAAUUGUUAGUUGAAAAAGAAAUUAGAUCGGUAAGUGAAUUAAAUAAUGGGGAGGAUCGAGAGGAUUCUCCAGAGAUACGAACUGGCAAGGACGAUCUGAGCAACGAUCGGCCAUCUCAUACGGAACAUCAAGAAGAAGAUGAAUACGACUAUGACAGUUCAGACGAAGAGGAUAUUCGCAACACAGUUGGGAAUAUUCCGAUGAAAUGGUACGACGAAUACGACCAUGUUGGUUAUGACUGGGAGAGCAAGAAGAUCUUGAAGCCUGAGAAAGGUGACGAGUUGGAUAAUUUCUUGAAAAGAAUGGAGGAUCCUGACUUUUGGAGGACCAUCAAGGACCCUCAGACUGGUCGGGAUGUUGUGCUGAAGGAAGAUGAUAUAGACUUAAUCGUGAGGAUACAGAAGCAGAAGGUACCCGAUGUCCAGUUUGACGAAUACGCGCCAUGGGUGGAGUGGUUCACUUCCGAAGCGAUGAAAAUGCCGCUCCGUAAGUUCCCCGAGCACAAACGUUCCUUCCUGCCGUCCAAGGACGAAGCCAGGCAGGUGUCGAAAUUGGUGCACGCUCUGAAAAUGGGCUGGAUCAAGUCGAGCGCUGAAAUGAAGAGGGAGAGGGAGGAGAGGAAGCAGGGGCCGCAGUUCUACAUGUUGUGGCAGUCCAACGACCAGGCGGAGGAGAUGCGCAGGAUCCACAAGCACAUACCGGCGCCCAAGAGGCACCUGCCCGGCCACGCGGAGAGCUACAAUCCACCGCCGGAAUACCUGUUCGACAACAGAGAACUCAGAGAGUGGAACAAACUGAAGGCGACGCCGUGGAAGAGGAAGUUACACUUUGUACCGCAGAAGUUCGAUUCUUUGCGAGAAGUACCCGCGUAUCCCAAAUAUAUCAAGGAAAGAUUCCAGAGAUGCUUGGACCUGUACCUCUGUCCCCGAGCGUAUAAGAUGAGGUUGACGAUAAAGCCGGAGGAGCUGGUGCCGCAACUGCCGAAUCCGAAGGACCUGCAACCAUUCCCGACGAAAAUGUCCAUGGUGUUCAACGGUCAUACGGAUAUGGUGAGAAGUAUCACCUCGGAAGCGAUAGGCCAGUACAUCGCAUCGGGUGGAGAUGACAUGUCUUUGAAAAUAUGGGAAGUAUCAACAGGUAGGUGUGUGAAAACAGUGCCUUGCGGCGGCGUUAUCAGAAGCGUCGCCUGGUGCCCGAAUCAAGCCGUGUCGCUGAUAGCGGUCGCUGCCGACAAGAAAGUUCUCUUGAUCAAUCCCGGGGUCGGAGAUCGUCUGAUCACUGGCAAAACCGACGAACUUUUGGAGAUAAUACCGCAGAGCGAAGUAAUAGUGAGCGAGAGGGUGAGAAGUGCGGUGCAGUGGGAACAAGCGGAAGGUAAACACCACACCGAUGGAAUAAGGGUGAUCCUGAAUCACUUCAGAAACGUGAAGCAAGUUACGUGGCACGGAAAGGGGGAUUACUUCGCCACCGUAAUGCCGGACGGUCAGAACAGAUCCGUUCUCAUCAAUCAGUUGUCGAAACGCAAGUCUCAGUUGCCCUUCAGCAAAUCGAAGGGAUUGAUACAGUGCGUCUUGUUCCAUCCGAUUAGACCGUAUUUAUUCGUAGCGACGCAGCGGAAUGUGAGGAUAUACGAUCUCGUGAAACAGGAAAUGAUGAAAAAGUUGCUGUCCAAUUCGCAGUGGAUAUCGUCAAUGGCUAUCCAUCCCGGAGGCGAUAAUGUGCUGGUAGCGACCUACGAUCGCAAGAUGCUCUGGUUCGAUUUGGAUUUAAGUACCAAGCCUUAUCAGACGUUGCGUCUGCACGGGACGGGCGUGCGCAGUGUGGCGUUUCACAAGCGGUAUCCUCUAUUCAGUUCCGGAGCUGACGACAGAGGGCUUAUCGUAUCUCACGGAAUGGUCUACAACGAUCUCCUGCAAAAUCCGUUGAUCGUGCCGCUGAAGAGAUUCCACAACCACGAGUCGUACAACGAUUUCGGCAUCUUGGACGUCAUGUUUCAUCCGACUCAACCGUGGGUGUUCUCCGCCGGCGCGGAUUUUACCAUAAGAAUGUACACGUAGAACACGCUCCCCGUCGGGAAACCCGUCACUGUCAGGAAACAGCCGCACGAUUGUGUCAUUUAAAAAUUUUAUGUAGGUUACAUAAAAAAAAAUAUAUAUAAUUUUUUUUUUAAUCCUCAGCUGCUCGAUGUAAAUUUCAAUCGGUUUUCAUCGGAUCGUGAUUGCACGUAAAAGCGAAGCAUAG